CCCAUCCCUAACCCUGGGGAGCCCAAGGGCGAAUGGGCAGAGCAUCCCCUCUCCUAGGAAAGCUUCAAGGUGCUGGGCACGGGACGGGGACACUAAAAUGCCACCGUGGGAAAGGCGGCUGGGCACGGCUCAGGCAGCCCCCCCAUCUACCCCCCGCAGCUCCAUCGACUUCCAAACCCUUUCUGCUGCCUUCUCCAUCCCCCCCGCCUCUCCCGAGCCAUGGAGUCGGUGUCUGCUUUUGUUUUGCUCUUUCUUUUGGGGGAUGAAACCCUGCUGGGAAGGGAGGAAAAUUGCCCCGUGUUUGGUUAUCUCCGGAGACAAAUAAAGAGGCUGGUGGAGCCUUUGCCGGGAUGCCGGUGAAGCCAGCGGGCUGCCUGCCUUUCCCUGCCCAGCGCAGGACCCGAGCCUGACGGGCUGCUGGCAUGUUGUCCCCUGCUGUCCCUGCCGUGCCCGGCCCUGCCCCUCUCCUCGUUUUCCAGCUCUGAUACCCCCUGUGUGUCCUCCAGGCUUGAGUUUCGGAGCCCGAGAGCAUGCUGCAGAGAGCCAGGCUGCAGCCCAAGCCCCGAGAAGUUUCGCUGUGAGACCUUUUCCCCUCCAGUUCCAAACCAGUUGUCCCUUCCCCACCCCGGCUUGGAGAAAGAUCUCAAGCAGGGACUUUCUUCUCCAGUGGGUUUCAAGGUCGUGGUCCACACGCUCCAAGGGUUGAAGGGGUGGGGGGAGGGUGGGGGUCGGGCUACCAUGGAAGAGAAUGUGUUCAGCGUGCAGCAGAUCCAGCCCAACGUCAUCUCGGUGAGGCUCUUCAAGCGUAAGGUGGGCGGCCUCGGUUUCCUGGUGAAGGAACGCGUCAGCAAACCUCCCGUCAUCAUCUCGGACCUGAUCCGGGGAGGGGCUGCGGAGCAGAGUGGCCUCAUCCAGGCUGGGGACAUCAUUUUGGCAGUCAAUGGCAGGCCCCUGGUGGACAUGAGUUAUGAGACAGCGCUGGAGAUACUGAGAAGCAUCGCUUCUGAGACCUACGUGGUCCUCAUCCUGCGGGGCCCCGAGGGCUUCACCACUCACCUGGAGACCACUUUCACCGGGGACGGGACUCCAAAAACCAUCCGUGUCACCAGACCCCUCUGCCUCACCCCGAAAGCUGUUGACUUGUCCAACCCCAGCCCACACGGCAAAGAGCAGUUGGUGCCAGCCGCCGGCCGCGGCACCAUGGGCUCCCUGUGGACAAGAGAGGUGGGGAGGGAGGUGGAGCCCGUGGUCCAUGUGAACGGCGUGGUUCCCAGCAGCAAAGGGCAGGAUGCUGCUGGGAAGGGGAAGGAGGGGGCUUGUGGUCACCUUUGCCUCAAUGGUGGCGUGGAAGACAAUGAACUGCUCAAAGAAAUCAAACCCGUCCUGGAUCUCCUGAAGAGCAGCAGUAAGGACGGCGAUGGAGAUGCACCCUCCAAGGUAGAGACAAGAGAUAUAGAAGUCCAGGUAGACUGUUUCAGGGAAGGGGAAACCAAGCAGCAAAAAGUCUUACCAGCUCAGAUGGAGAAGGACCAUGUCUUGGGUGGACCUCUGGGGAAGAACAACACACCCGUGGUCCUGAACAACCCCUACUCUGGAGCAGAGCAGCCCCCCCCACCCGGGCAGCAGUCCCCAACAAAGGGCACAGUGAAUGGGAGCCCUUCCAAAUGCCCACGUUUUGUCAAAAUCAAGAACUGGGAGACAGGCUCUGUGCUCCACGACACCCUGCACCUGAAGACAGCCAUGGCCACUGCAUGCAAUGAGCAGAUCUGCAUGGGCUCAGUGAUGACCCCGGGCCAGCACGUCCGCAAGGCAGAGGAUACCAGGACAAAAGAGGAGCUGCUCCUCCUGGCUAAGGACUUCAUCGACCAGUACUACUCCUCCAUAAAGAGAUCUGGCUCCAAGGCCCACAUGGAAAGGCUGGAAGAAGUGACAAAGGAGAUCGAAGCCACUGAUACCUACCAGCUGAGGGACACGGAGCUGAUCUAUGGAGCCAAGCAUGCCUGGAGGAAUGCAGCCCGGUGUGUGGGCAGGAUCCAGUGGUCCAAGCUCCAGGUGUUUGAUGCUCGGGACUGCACCACAGCCCAUGGGAUGUUCAAUUACAUCUGCAACCACAUCAAAUAUGCCACCAACAAGGGGAACCUCAGAUCUGCUAUUACCAUCUUCCCACAGCGGACGGACAGCAAACACGACUUCCGGAUCUGGAACACCCAACUGAUCCGCUAUGCUGGCUACAAGCAGCCUGAUGGCACCAUCCUGGGAGACCCAGCAAACCUGGAGCUGACAGAGAUCUGCAUUCAGCAGGGGUGGAAGGCUCCACAUGGACGUUUUGAUAUCCUGCCUCUGCUCCUCCAAGCCAAUGGCAACGACCCAGAGCUCUUUGAAAUCCCCCCUGAGCUGGUGCUGGAAGUGCCCAUCCGUCAUCCCAAGUUUGAGUGGUUUAAGGACCUGGGUCUGAAGUGGUACGGACUGCCAGCUGUGUCCAACAUGCUCCUUGAGAUUGGUGGCCUGGAGUUUUCUGCCUGUCCCUUCAGUGGAUGGUACAUGGGGACAGAGAUUGGGGUCCGGGAUUAUUGUGACAACUCCCGGUACAACAUCCUGGAGCAAGUGGCCAAAAAAAUGAAUCUGGAUAUGAGGAAAACUUCAUCCCUGUGGAAGGACCAAGCCCUGGUGGAGAUCAACAUUGCUGUGCUGUACAGCUUCCAGAGUGACAAAGUGACCAUCGUGGAUCACCACUCAGCCACUGAGUCCUUUAUCAAGCACAUGGAGAACGAGUACCGGUGCCGUGGGGGCUGUCCUGCCGACUGGGUCUGGAUUGUCCCACCCAUGUCUGGCAGCAUCACCCCAGUUUUCCACCAGGAAAUGCUCAACUACCGCCUCACCCCCUCCUUUGAGUACCAGCCUGACCCCUGGAACACCCAUGUCUGGAAAGGAGUCAAUGGGACGCCUACCAAGAAGAGGGCCAUUGGCUUCAAGAAGUUAGCAAAAGCUGUGAAGUUCUCAGCCAAGCUGAUGGGACAGGCCAUGGCCAAGAGGGUGAAAGCAACCAUCCUGUAUGCCACGGAGACAGGGAAGUCCCAGGUCUAUGCCAAAACUCUGUGUGAAAUCUUCAAGCACGCUUUCGAUGCCAAGGUGAUGUCCAUGGAUGAAUAUGACAUUGUGCACCUCGAGCACGAGACCAUGGUCCUGGUGGUCACCAGCACCUUUGGCAAUGGAGACCCACCAGAGAAUGGAGAGAAAUUUGGCUGCGCAUUAAUGGAGAUGAAGAAUCCCAACUCCCACCUGGAGGAGAGGAAGAGCUACAAGGUCCGAUUCAACAGUGUCUCCUCUUACUCUGAUGCACGGAAAUCCUCCAGUGAUGGCCCUGACUCCAGGGACAACUUUGAGAGCACAGGGCCCUUGGCUAAUGUCAGGUUCUCUGUGUUUGGGCUGGGCUCCCGUGCUUACCCCCAUUUCUGCGCCUUCGCCCGGGCAGUGGACACCCUGCUGGAGGAGCUGGGUGGAGAAAGGAUCCUCCGCAUGGGAGAGGGGGAUGAGCUCUGUGGCCAAGAGGAAUCCUUCAGGACCUGGGCCAAGAAGGUCUUCAAGGCAGCGUGUGACGUGUUCUGUGUGGGGGACGAUGUCAACAUCGAGAAAGCCAACAACUCCCUCAUCAGCAAUGACCGGAGCUGGAAGAGGAGCAAGUUCCGCCUCACCUACGUGGCUGAAGCCCCAGAACUCACCCAAGGACUCUACAGCAUCCACAAGAAACGUGUCCACGCAGCCCGGCUCAUCACACGCCAGAACCUGCAGAGCCCAAAGUCCAGCCGUCUGACAAUUUUCCUGCGACUCCACACCAAUGGGCACCAGGAGCUGCAGUACCUGCCUGGGGACCACCUGGGUGUCUUCCCAGGCAACCAUGAGGACUUGGUCAAUGCCCUGAUUGACAGGCUUGAAGAUGCCCCUCCAGCCAACCAGCUGGUGAAGGUGGAGCUCCUGGAGGAGAGGAACACAGCCCUAGGCGUCAUCAGUAACUGGACAGAUGAGAACCGUGUCCCACCAUGCACCAUCUUCCAGGCUUUUAAGUACUAUUUGGACAUCACCACCCCUCCCACACCCCUGCUGCUGCAGCAGUUUGCUUUGUUGGCCACCAGUGACCAGGAGAAGAAACAUCUGCAGGUUCUUAGCAAGGGCUUGCAGGAGUACGAGGAAUGGAAAUGGUCCAAGAACCCCACCAUCGUGGAGGUACUGGAGGAGUUCCCCUCGGUGCAGAUGCCCUCCACCUUGCUGCUCACACAGCUCCCCCUGCUCCAGCCACGCUACUACUCCAUCAGUUCCUCCCCAGAGAUGUACCCAGGAGAGGUUCACCUCACCGUGGCUGUGGUUUCCUAUCGCACCAGAGAUGGAGAAGGACCCAUCCACCACGGAGUCUGCUCCUCUUGGCUCAAUCGGAUACAGACAGAUGAAGUAGUGCCCUGUUUUGUAAGAGGUGCUCCUGGGUUCCACCUGCCCCAGGACCCACAGGUCCCCUGCAUCCUCAUCGGCCCCGGCACCGGCAUCGCCCCUUUCCGCAGCUUCUGGCAGCAGAGACUUUUUGAAAUCCAACACAAAGGUCUGAAGCCUUGUCCUAUGGUCCUGGUAUUUGGGUGCCGACAGUCCAGGAUUGACCACAUCUACAAAGAGGAGACACUCUUUGCCAAAACCCAAGGUGUCUUCAGAGAGCUGUACACAGCCUACUCCCGAGAGCCAGACAAACCAAAGAAAUACGUGCAAGACGUGUUGCAGGAGCAGCUAGCCCAGACUGUCUUCAAAGCUCUGAAGGAGCAAGGAGGCCACAUCUACGUCUGCGGGGACGUCACCAUGGCCGGGGAUGUCCUCAAGACCAUUCAGCUCAUCGUAAGGCAGCAGGGGCAGCUGUCAGUGGAGGAGGCUGGAGCCUUCAUCAGCAAGCUGAGGGACGACAGCCGAUACCAUGAGGACAUUUUUGGGGUCACCCUGCGAACCUACGAGGUGACAAACCGCCUUAGAUCCGAGUCCAUUGCAUUCAUCGAGGAGAGCAAAAAAGACACAGAUGAGGUUUUCUGCUCCUAACUGGACCCUCCACCCCCAGGGGAUGCCAAACCAGUCCCAGCACCUGCUGCCCCUCCCUCCAGAGGGCACUGGGUUUUGUAUUUCACGGACACGGGGGCUCCUUUUCCACGGGGACCUGCCCAUGGAAAGCACUCUGUCUCAUCCUGUUGUUGUGUCUGAUGAUGAUGAUGAUUUUAAUUUCCUUUUCUCCCUCCUUUCUCUUGCUCUCUCUCUUGUCCUGUGGCGGUUUCUUUUCACCCCCCUUUUCCCUGGAUCUCCCCACUGAUGGCUUUAUAACCUGCAGUGGCUCUUAACACAACUUCACAUUUCUCCUUCUCCUCAUGAGGGCAUUUUGCAGCUGCAUGAAAUCCCCACCUUUGUGAUGCAUUUGUGGUUUUGGUGUUUCAGGGGAGCUCAGAGGUGGCAGGGCAAUGGCUGAGUCCUGUGGCUGGACCAGAGCUGGGGGUUGUUUCCCCUUUCCCCAUCUCAGGGCUUGGCUGAACCCUUGCAUUUUUGUGGCUUUCCUUUGGACUUGGGCAGACCUGGGCAGAUGAUUUCUGAUGCCCUGCUGCCUGUGAACUUUGUUCAGCCCCAAGCAGCGUGGUUACCAGUGUGUCUGCUUUGACCCAAAGGUGGGAUGGCUCUGAUUCCUGUGGCAUGAUUUCUCUUAAAUCACCUCUGAGCUACGUUUGCCUCUCCCUCUGCACCCCCCCGACCCCCUCCUUUUGCUGGAUCCCUUCUUUUGCUGGCAUGAAAGCCCCCCACAGAGGAACCAAGCACUGAACACACAGCCUGAUGUGUAUGCUAGGGCAAAACCUCAGAGCAAUGCCUGCUGCUUGGCCAGGCUGCCCUCCAGAAGGCUUUACAGGAGAGACGUGAUCUGCAGCCACGAUGCCGCGGGGAGGGGCUGAGGGCCCUGCUGCAUCCCAGAGCUUUGCAUGCUGUGAAUGUGUGAACCCCCUCCCAGGUGAGACUGGAAAGCCGCGAGGAUGGGAGAGCAGCAGCUCCAAGCCUGGCUGCCAGCAGCACCCCCUGGUAACAAAGCCGAGUUGGAAGGCAGCAUUUGGAGGGUUACGGAUUCUCUUUGGUGAGGAUGUACCAACUGAGGACUCUUGAAAGCCCAGAGGGCAUCAUCUCCCCCUUAGGGCAAUCUCCUGAGCAGUUCUGGGUCAGCAGACCCCAGCCACUUCCACAGAAAAAGUGCCAGCACGGAGUGACCUGCCUGCCAAGAGAAACACAGGUGGCAUCUCAGUGGCAUCAGUCCCCUCCACGGGCUCUGCACCCCCUGCCAGAGGCACGAGCUGUCUGCUGGGACAUCUCAUGUCAGAAGGGAGGUUGCAAGGAUGCUGUGUGAUCCUGGGCUCUGACACCUUCACACUUCAGCCCUGCUGCCAAAAUCUGGCCCCUCCAAAGCGAUCUGUUAACACCAUCACAGGACAGUAUCAGUCCUUUUACCAGAGCAAAGCUGUCUGCAAGAGAAAGCAUCUGUGACCUUGUGUGUCCUUCUUCCUUCUCCUCCCUUCCUCAUCCUGGAGGUUUGUUCUCCCUCACUGCCAGGGUGAGGACAGCAGGACGUGGCUGCAACACUUGCUGGAGGCAAGGGACACGGGGUGACAUUCUGAGCUGGUCACUGCUGAGCCUUUCCUCCUGCUCUGCUGAAUUCUGCACUGAUGGAGCAAAGCACCUGCACUGGUGACAGCAGAGGGUUUGUCCAGGACCUGCAACACUGAGCUUGAUUUCAGAGGGCUGCCUGAAGCCAAAAUGGGAACAAAAAGAGCUGCAGGAGGUUUGUUGCUCUCCCAGUCCAAGGCACAAGCUGAGCUGGCUCCCCGGGCUCUGCAGCUAACCCCAUCCUCAGCCAGGACCUUUCCUGCUUGGCUAGGACACCUCUCCAUGUCCUGCAGCCCUCUUCUGCCACCUUGACUCCUUGGAACAGCUCCAGCUCAAAAUCCAGGAGUAAAAUUCACCGGGAGAAUUCUGAGACCUGGAUCUCGGCAUUGCUGGUCCCAAGCAGAGCAUCUCUCCUGGUGUGUGCUGGGAAUGAUGGAAUGGAGGAAUGAAGGAGUGAUGGAACGAUGGAGUGAAGGAAUGGAGGAAUGAAGGAAUGAGGGAAUGAUGAAGGAAUGAUGGAAUGCUGCCACACUGUGGCCAGAGCCCCUCUUGCAGGGCUGGCAGAGUGGCCGGAGAAGGGACUGAAGUUUUUGCCACUGCCAGGGGACUUGGUGACCUGGAGGUGGAAGCAGGGAAAAGGGCAGCCCCUGGUCCAGCUCUGUGUGUUUUGCCCUAACCCCAGGGCAGGCAGUGGGAUGCUGAGCUGGGCUCCUUUUGCAGCUGGGAUGUGGGAAUUUGGCAGAGGACUGGGGACAUCCAGCAAGCCUGGCCCUAGCCCCCAGUCCUAUGGCUGCACAGAGCUCAAAAAUAUAUUAAACUCAUCCCCUCCUUUUGGAAAACUUGAUUCUGGCUCUCCAGUUUGUGCUCUGGUCCUACUUGUAGUGUUGCAGCCUGAAGAGGAGGUACUGCCCAAAGAAAUGCUCUUGUCUUCAUCCUCUUCCCAGCUCAUCCUGAGUUGUUGGCAACCAGAUUUCUCCUGCCCUGCCUUCUGCCUGUAUGGGUGUCACAGCUCCCAUCUGGGAGUCAAGUUGCUGCUGCUGCACUUGGUGUCUGAGAUGAACUGGUUUGCUUUCCCUGCCCCCCAAAGCUUGCCAGCUCCAUCCCCCCUUCCACCUGAGCUGCUGGUGACAGGAGUGGGGAUCAUGGGGAAGGGGCCUUCAGUGGGCUGCCCAGAGAGGUCUGUGGAGGACAGACACCCAAAGCCACCUGUAGUCCAACAGGUACGGGGCAGGUGAGUCCUUCAGAGCCCUUUGGGAGGGAAAUGCUGCUUUAAGGCCAGCCUGGCCCUGGAGGAGUAACAUCUUCCCUGCCAUGAAGGUCCCUGAAGUUUCUGUGUCCCCUGGGGCUCUGGGCUGCCUCUCUGCUCCCUCUGCCCCACUCACUCCUCAAGCAGCUGCACUGCACUGCUGGGAAUUUUGAUUCACGGUGUUUUUGUGGAGUCAGUCUCAGACAUCUUGCUUCCUCCUUCAUCCCCCUUACCUGCAGGGGCUUCUGCACUCCCUUCCAGCUUCAUUUCCUCCCACAGCAAAGGGGGGGAAAGAAACUUGCUGAUCUGCUUUAUCAUUCCACAGCUGCAGCUCUUCCAGCAGGUGUCUGCACUCUGCUCACCUGGCUGUGACCUUUCUGAUGUGUGGGUGUAGCUACAACCUCUCUGGCAUGGAUAAACAGCAGAGGGAGGUGGGGUCUGCCACAGACCAGGGCCAGGAGCUGCUUGGGGCUUGUGCCUCCAGGGCACUCAGGUCACGGAUCUGUCACCUCUGGGUCCCUGCUGCCCAUCCAGAUUCUGGCACAGCCCCACCUGGCUCCUGCAGCAAGGGGAUAUUGGACCUGAUGGAUACCCAGCCUGACCCAGCAUCCUGGUCCCUCUCCUGGAGGUUAUCCACCACUGCUUGUUUUGCAGCAGCUCAGCUCCUUUUCACUCUCCAGGGAAUAAAAGUAAAGAGGCUUUUCUCUAAACAGAUUCAAUUUUCAAGACAACAUGAAGUGAGGGGGUUGUUUUUUUUCAAAUAUUUUAAUUUGUAGUUUUUUCCAGUGGCCCCAGAAAGUUACCUAUGAACCUGAAAACUCAUGGGAAAUGGUCCUCUGUUUCCCUAACCUGCUGUGUCCACUAGCAGAGAAAAAUAAUUUGUUCAUUCAGAGCAAGGGUUUCUACUGCCUGUGUUGUUGAUGACUUCAAGGGUUUCAUCUCUCCAAAAGGACUGCCUGGGAGUUUGUUGUUCUUCUGCUUAUGAGAGACAGCAGGAAAAUAAUGAGACUUUUGCCAUCAGAAGCAGACUUCCAGAUGACACCUCCAGGACUGCUGCUGGCCAAGCCUGAGCUCGUUGCCCUAGAGGAACCCAGCCACUCACAUCCAUACUGUCCAGAGAAAUGGGCUCUGAGUUUGGGCUGUCCCUGCUCUCUGUCCCUUGUCCCAUGCCUCCACCUCCCUGGGGACUCUGCUGACAGCCAGGACAGUGGGAACCAACCUCUGUGCAUGCCCAACAAACCUGGAGUGGUGUCCUCAGUGGCCAUGGCUGCACCUAUCCAGAGAGGAGAUGGGAAGAGACAGGAGCAGCAUCACCCUGUGGUCCAGGCUCUUUGGUUCCUGUGUGUGAUGCCUCCCACCCCAUCCUGGGCUCUAACCCAGGCUCCAGCCGCCUGGAUGGAGCUCCAGCCACCAUUCCCUCCUCCCCAUCCCCAAUUUGAGGUGAACUGCUCAGCCAGGUGGCAAUGGACUUACAGUGCCUUGUGCUGGGAAGAGGUUACUGCAGCAGGGUUGUUCUCCUCUUCCUGCUCUCCCCAGAGAGAAGAGGGGGAGCAGAGAUGCUCCCAGCACACAGGGACUGGGGGUGACUUCGUUUUACCAGUGAUGGGCAAAUUCCCCCUGGGCUAACCCAGAGCAAACUUGCAGCCCUGCAAUUAAUGCCCCAGUGAUGAGGUUUCAGGGGGAGGUGACACAGGGUUUGGGUGUGCAUACAAACUGGACACCAGUUCCUGUGAGCACCUCCCAGCUCUGGGAACCUCCUUUUUGUUAAGCUCUGGGGAGGAGAUGUCUUUGUGCUUGAAGCUUCAGAGACCUGCACCAAGGCCAAGCUUGCUGCCUCCUGAUUUACACCCCUGAAGCUGUUGCAGCCCUGCCAGAGAGCUUUCAGCAUGGUGUGGAAGGAGAAUUUUGUGCUCCAAAGUAAAUUUUAUUCCUGCUUUGACUGGGGACCAGUUCCCAGCUUCAGAAUUGCUCUGAUAACUUUGCAAUCGCUUUGAUAGUUCCAGAGGGGAGCCCAGUCCCUUCCCAGAACAGAUGGAGACACAUUUUCAGGACCAUUCAGCUUUGCCAUAAUUCUGCCUUUGUUAGAAUGAUUUUUUUUCUGCUGUAACCGGAGGAACAAAAUUUGCCCAGUGCUGAACACUCCUGAAAACUCUGUUCCUGAGCUGGGAUAAAAUUAGUCUGUGAUGUGAAUCCUCCCAGAUACAAAAUGCUCCCCCUCAGCUCCAGGUUCAGUGGCACUGGGGAUUUCAGCAGCUUGCAGGGUCAGGAUUUCACAGCAGCAGCAGCAUUAUCUUUGCCUGUCUUGCCUGCAAUCCAUGACUUUAGUAAUCCAUCUGAAAUCUCCCCUUGACAGGGAGAUCUGAGCUCCACAGCUCCUUCCCCAGGGCCAUGUGUAUUUAUUUCAGAGGAAAAUCAGGGGAGCUGGAGAAAGCUGAUGAGAUUGCUGCUGUAAAGUUAAACCAGACCUUACCAGAGGUUGAAACUGGCCUGGAUUUUCCCAUGGGUGCAAGGGUAUCUAGUGAGAUAAUGGAGUGGUUUAAUGCAGAUCCACCUCUUUCCUGCUCUCUCAGGAAUGAAGUAGAUUAGAAACUCUUGGCCUCCAC